GGUCAGCCUCGGCGAAAUGCACUACACCCCGACGGGUUAGGGGCCGCGACGAGGCGACGAGGCGGCAAGGCGGCAAGGCGACAAGGCGACAAGGCGCCGCAAGCCACACGGCCCGGCAUCUCGGCUGUAUUCAAUGCUGAGGCCGGGGAGAAGGGUGUGCCAAGGCUGGCGAAGGUGGGCGGGCGACCCGAGGCCAGAAGCAGAGACAGGCGGCCAGAGAUCGCCUGGAUGGACCGGAGGCACGGCCAGCAGGAGCAGCAAGGCAAGGCAAGGCAAGCCGGACAACGCUCGCGGCAGACACGGCACCGAACGGCGGCCGAACCGAAGCCGCGUCAUUUGUCCUCGUCCGGCAGCCACUGCUCCCAGGCCGUGCAGACCCGGGACGAGCCAAUCAGCGCACUCUUCUCUUCACGACUCAUAAUCACACCCUUACGCUUGACUCAGGCGCAUACAGACACACCUCAGCCCAUCUGCAGGCUCACAGUGACACACAACUGCACACGCAUCGACAUCCGGAAGGGCGUACACCCAUUCACGUCUCGGCAUUCAGGCCAGCAGACAGCCGGGCAAGCUGGUGCCAAUGCACACACCCACCCACCCACACACACACACACACACACACACACACACGUAAAGUCGGAUCCUCCGAACGACCGAGAAAAACCAAGUUCACCCAGUUCUAGGGACGCAUCAUCUGCAGAUGCACAGCCAGUUGAGCCCGGCACACGUGGCCCGCCGACCUGUCGCCUGCGUUGGGCCGCGCUCGCCAAUUUGUUUGAUGCAACCGAUCUGCGCCUCUCCACCGCGAGGCCAUCAACACGCCGACUGUUGUUGGGUGGGACGAGCCGGACCAAAGGCGUCCCCGAUUUGCGGGACGUCUCGACCACACCCACAACCCCACGCCUCUUUCAGCCUUCUACAAUGCAUUCACAUCUUCCAAUUGCCCGUCUCGCCAGAAGAAAGAGACUGAUGCUCUCCAGACGUGUGCACAACAGCAGGGAAUAG